AUGUCUUGGCCUUACUUUGGACACCACGGACGUCUAGGCUAUCGCGCCUCGUCGCCGUCUACCUCUGCCUACCUUAGCCGUUCGCCCACCGGAUUACAAGCACCAUUAAUUUCAACCAUACAGAUUCAUCAUAGUCGGAUCGAGCGCCGUGGUAUUGAACAACCGCCUCGUAGGCUGGUCCUUGUCGAAAAUCACCCUUCGCCGCCGCCGCCACGUUCGCAUCUCAUCCCUGCUACCGCUGCCGUUGCUGUCGUCAGUGGAUUGACUUCCAUGCCGCUGCCGCACAUAACGUACUGCAAAGGCACUCACACCCGAAAUCAGAAGCAAACGAAUGAAACCCUAGUCGUUGAUCUUGUAACCGCUGCAGACCCUGUCAACGCGGUUAUUCCCAGUCGUCUUUUCAUCCCCAACCGCCAAUUCUUGCGACUCCAAAUUCGGCACUGUUCAUCCUACAGCUUGUGCCCCUCCCCUCCCGACCCCGGUCCCCCGACCCCAAGCUUGAGCCGGAUCCAGGGUACUCAGUCACUUCCACGACCCAUCAACCCUCGCCAUCCCGUCUUUCUCUGGCUGCUCGAGGUACCUCUUCCGGCCCCAAAGGGACAGACCAGGCCAGGCCAAGCGUCACCUGCGCUCUUCUUUUCUGGUUCCCGCCCGCCGCCUGCACUGUCUGCACCUGCAUCUGCGCCGCAACUUGCUCCCAGUUCCAGUGUCGUCGCCCGCCAACGAGAAACCAGCGACGCCCAUCGAGCCUCUCUCUCUCUGUCUCUCCCGCCCCCAUCAUCGCACAGAGCAGAGCAGCAACCUGUGCCGCCAUCUCCCACGUCGAUGCCAGCGACAUUUGACUUGCGACAUUUGCAUCCAAAUCACAACUCCGCACCCGUCCUUCAUCCCUCUCCGUCUCUCACCGUAUCGACGUCUCUUCCGAACGAAAUAGUAAUCGCCGCGCCACCGACCUUUCUCCGUUGCGCAACAUCUAUUGCCGUUGCGCUGUAUCCGGAUCCAAGAUCAACACACGUUGGCGACACCUCUUUUGGCCACCUACGCAUCCUAUACUACCUCCUCCACACCAGCGCAUCGCGCUCAUUAUACACCACCACCAUGGCGGGGCUUUUCCGGAAAGUGUACGACUGGCUGUUGAGGACGUUCUGGGCGACAGAGAUGGAUGUGACGAUGAUCGGUCUCCAAAAUGCGGGUAAGACGUCUCUGCUCCGCGUCCUCGCAGGCGGCGAGUUCACCAUCGACUCGAUCCCGACGGUCGGAUUCAACAUGAAGCGGGUGCAACGAGGACACGUUACACUGAAAUGUUGGGAUAUUGGUGGCCAGCCCCGAUUUCGAACGAUGUGGGAAAGAUACUGCCGUGGCGUCAACGCUAUCGUCUUCAUCGUCGAUAUCGCUGAUAUGGACUUGCUACAGCAAGCUCGGGAGGAGCUUCAUGCUCUCAUGGACCAAGCUUCUCUGAGAGAAAUCCCACUCCUUGUUUUGGGAAACAAAUCGGACCUCCCGCAGAAGUUAUCGGUGGACGAGCUGAUCGAUGCGCUUGACCUCAAGUCCAUAGGCCACCGCGAGGUUUGCUGCUACGGCAUCAGUGCCAAGGAGGAGACCAACUUGGACGCUGUGCUACAGUGGCUGAUGAAGUGGGCGAACAGUUGUCCCGCCCUGCCGUUCCUUCUCGAUCGUAUUCCCUCUGGGCUUGCGGGCUAG